AUGGACGACAGACCCCUCCCCCCAACCAGCACAGACGUCCGCGAACUCACCGUCCAAGAAUCCUCCGCCGCAGUCCUCUUCCCAACCUUCACCGCCUCGACCGCCUGGUCGCUCGGCCUCGCCCUGCGCACCCGCAUCCGCUCGCUGCCCGCCGACCAGCGCAAGCCCGCCCUCAUCUCCAUCACGCUCUCCGGCGGCUCCGAGCCCCACGUCGUCUUCCAGAGCGCCACCGAGCCCGGCACCGUCGCCGACAACGAGGUCUGGGUGCGCCGCAAGCGGAACACCGUGCUGCGCUGGGGGGUGUCCAGCUGGCUGAUGCGCCAGAAGAUGCUGGCGAGCGCCGCGCCGAGUGCCGCCGACGUGGAACAGGCGUUUGUGCGGAAGUUUGCGCUGCAGAGCUCCGGGGGCGGCGCCGCGGAUGACUAUGCGAUCCAUGGCGGUGGCUUUCCGGUGCGCGUCCGUGGGGUGGAUGGCGUGGUGGGUGUCAUUGUAGUGAGCGGGCUGAAGCAGGAGCACGAUCACCAGGUCAUCGUCGAGGUCGUGCACAAUUAUAUCCUACAGAAUUCCGAGGCACCCUAA